AUUAGGAUGUAACUUAACUUGCGAACACAUCACCAGGAAUAUUGUUCUGUGCAUAUAAUUUAUACAUUUUAGGCUGACAUUUUCGCAGAGGAAGAAUAUUUCAUUAGAAAAUCGCAAGGAGUGUUACACAUUAAAUAGUGAAGAGAUGUUUUUUUCAUAUUAUACCGUUCUUUUUGCAUUUGGGUUGACUGUGUAUGGACGAGCAUUAUCACUAGAAUGUUCCAGUUGCUCUGGUGUCCAGGACAUGCAAGAAUGCAACACAACGAGAUCUUGCUCAGACAGACAGGUUUGUUACAAAAAACGGGAAUAUACUGGAAAGGUUCAAUUUGACCUCGGAUGUGUUGAUAAACAACAUUGUGGUGAGUAUGCCAAAAUACCAAAUGGAACGAUGGGUGUGAGCAUGGCAGGUGGUCAAACACAGUACUGUUAUGAGUGUUGUUCAACUGAAAACUGUAACAGAAAUUUGUGUGAUCAUACACAUCAUUCUUCUUGUGUUGAUGAUGAAUCAUUUGACUGUGCUUUAUUAAACUCUAUGUUCAGCAUCUGCAAGAAUAUUGAAAAAGCAAAGCGAAUCUGCCCAAAAUAUUGCGACCAAUGCAACGUGGUCGAUGGGAACUGGUCUCCAUGGACGUCAUGGUCAGGAUGUGACGUCACAUGUGACAAAGGAACCCGUUCGCGUGUCCGAACAUGCACAAAUCCAGCACCACAAUAUGGCGGUCUUAAUUGUUCUGGAGAUAGUAUUGAAUUCAAAUUGUGUCACAGGCAACUCUGUCCUGUACAUGGGGGCUGGAGUGAAUGGGUUGCGUGGAGUUCAUGCUCUGCAACUUGUGGGGUAGGGAUGCAGAGUCGUACUAGGACUUGUACCAACCCUGUUCCAGAUCGUUUCGGAGACCAUUGUUUCGGACAGAGUCUUGAAGAUAGAUUGUGUUAUCCAGGACAGUGUAUAAGUGUUUGGUCAGACUGGCAAUCCUGGAGUUCUUGUAGCGUAGAAUGUGGCGGUGGUUUUCGAACACGAUCCAGGACAUGCUCGAAUCCAUCACCCUUCAUAUCAAAAGGCACUUGCCCUGGGAAUUCCACAGAUAUUGGUUCUUGUGUCCAUGUUAAAUGCAAUACCGACUGCUAUGAAGUACUCAGCAAACAAAACAAUGCAGAAAGUGGGGUGUAUUCAGUAAAGUUGUGGAAGUCCAAGCAAACGAUACAAGUAUAUUGCGACAUGGACACUGAUAACGGAGGCUGGACUGUUUUCCAAUAUCGCUUUAAUGGGAGUGUUGAUUUCUACAGAAAUUUUACGGAAUAUGAGAAUGGGUUCGGUAAUUUGGAGACAGAGUUUUGGCUAGGUCUUAAAAGUGUUCAGGAAAUGGCAUCUCAAGGUAAAACUGAGUUAAGACUGGAUCUAACAGCGGCUGAUGGUACUACUGUUUAUGAAACUUUUCAGAACUUCUACCUUGACGAGGGCCCAAACUAUACUCUUCAUAUAGAUCCUGGAACGGGCACAGCAGGUGAUAGCCAAGGGUUGUCGUAUAAUAACGGUCACCAUUUUUCAACUUACGACGUUGACCGUGAUGCAAAUUCUCAAAAUUGCGCUGUCAGUCGCCAUGCUGGUUGGUGGUAUAAAAGCUGCUCCUACGUCAACCUGAAUGGAGAAUAUGUAACACCAGGAACAAAGAGAACAAACGGUGAAUUGGGUGGAAUGGUCUACAAUGGUGGAAUAUUUCAACAUACGAGAUCGCUUAAAGUCGUUAAAAUGAUGUUUCGACAAGUUUGAAAAUCAAGAACAAUAUUUGAUACAAAUGAAACUCACACCGCAAGACUUCAUUUCCUACUACAUCUUUAAAUAUAACCAGCACCAGAUAGUGAUUCCCAGGUGUUUGAAUUAAAUGGGACCAUGAAAAGUAGAAAUCUUCCACACGCGCUAAACUAGUAUCCAGACAAAAAUGACAAUUAAAUUGCUUUUAUUUUAAGAUCGGAAUAAGUGAUUAAACUAAUUUACAAAACUCUUUAUCAUUAAUAUUUCCAACAACGCACAUUAGAAAUAAACUGACUUUCAAAAGCACCGCCGUGAAACCUACUUUCAAUUACUUAUAUUUCGUAAUUCAGAUUUUAUAAUAUAUGUAAUUAAUACCGUGAAAUUGAAAAUAACUCAUGUCAUCAACACAAACAUACAGUUAAAUUCUUUCCUGUCCCCGCUGGUUGUCGCAACAAAUUUAAAGCAUUGAACAUUGAAAAUGCUAUCUACGUGCCUCUUAGACAGAAAGUUGUAUUAUAAACACAGACGAGGUUAAGUUAUAAAACCUAAUGUAGAAACGGUGCUUUUCACAGACACCAAGAAUAAACAUCCGAUUUCGAAUGAUCCGUACUGAAAUGAUUGCGAGAAUAACACCUUAAGAAGCGGUUGUUACAUGUGUCCGGAAACUGGUCCUGUCUAGAUACAAGAACCCAGGGUUUUCACUUCAAAAUCUAUUCUGACAGUGAGUGAUCUAUGCGUGACGGGUAUUGGCAGUUGAAGUAAAUACAUUCAAAUGGAGGCCGUCUGCUUUGUUAAAUUAUAUUUUAGUUUAUAAUCUCAGGAAUGAUAUUUAGUAGAGUGAAUAGUAAAACACAAGACGUGAAGGAAUAUUUAUGUAUGCAUCAUAUCAUACAAACACCUUCACUACUUUAUUCAAAACUGGCGUGGUGACAAUGACAAUGAGCUGUAUGUUUCUUUUUCAGCCUAUUUGAAUUUCGACUGCAAAUUGCAAAGAAAACACGAUUUAGCAUGAUAAAGAGUGUAUAGCUAGUAAUCUGUAUAUUCUCACAAUAAUUAUGUAUUCGUUUAAAAUAUUAAUGUAAUGGUUCGCAAAAAUAUUUGCUCGCUACGUUAGCUAAAUAGGAAGCGCGCAGAUCUACAAACUCUUGAGGUCGAGAAUUCAAUUCCAGGGUUAGGCGUAUGUUCUCCGUGACGAUUCAGUAAAAGACAUUGUUUAUGAAACCAUUUGUCCUUCAUCUCUAAUUCAUGUUGAGAAGUUUACAGUUACUUUUGGAGAACAGGUUAGUACUGGUACAGAAUCCAGGAACACUGGUUAGGUUAACUGUCCGCCGUUACAUAACUGAAAUGUUGUUGGUAAUAAUAAGUUGGAUGAUGGUUAUUACAUGUUUGAUAGCCGUCAUUACAAGUCUGAAGACUAUUACAAAUCUGUUGGCCACUGAAAAUCUGAUGACCAUUACAAGUAUUAUAGCAAUUACAAGUCCGAUUGUCAUUAAGAGUCUUAUGGUCAUUGCAGGUAUGAUGGUCCUUGCAAGUCUGAUAUUCAUGGCAAGUCUGAUGGCCAUUAUAAGUCUGAUGGCCAAUCUGAUGGCCAUUACAAGUCUGAUGUCACAUAAAAAAUCUGAUAGCCAUUUCAUGUCUGAUGGCCAUUGCAAGUCUGACGGCCAUUGCAAGUCUGAUGGCAAUUUCAAGCGUGUUGCAAGCCUGAUGGUCAUUGCAAGUCUAAUCGUCAUUGUAAAUCUGAUGGUCAUUACAAGUCGAAUGGUUGUUGUACAGCUGACACGCAUCAUACGCCUGGAGGAAGUUAUUCGUCUCACCACUUUGUUUCGUCUUACGGCAAUGUGACAGCCAAUGUGUCCCUAAUUCUGAGUCACUAUUUGUCUAAUUUCAAUAUCCAUCUUACAGUCAGUUCACGUUUGGCGGCCAUUACUUUUCUCAUUGCAAUUUGCGGCAAAUGGCAUUAAACGGUAUUCAUUCGUUUCACGAAAAUGUAUCUUACUGAUUGAUCUUGCAGCAAUUCAGAGGCUGAUAACAGUUAUUUGUCUUACAUCUUUUACGACAGCCAAUAUAUAUCUCUCUGAUGGCCAUUCUUCGCCAGAUUGUAAUUAUUCGCCAAACGAAGAUGAUAUAUCGUACAGACAAUAUACUUAUAACAUCCAGUAUGCAUCUGACGAUAAUUACGCAUCUGGCAACGGCCAUUAUGCGCCUUAUGCAUUUAAUAGUCAUCACGUUAUCUAGAUGAUAUACUUAAUAUGGAUAAUCCGUUUUUUUUUCAGUUGUUGGAUAAUAUUUAUCCCCAUGAGCUGCAGUUAAAUAAAACUAACAGCUCGGAUACUACUGCUUCAUUUCUAGAUUUACAUCUCUCUAUUUACGACAAUUUUAUACAUACCAAAAUUUAUGACAAAAGGGAUGAUUUUAAUUUUAGUAUUGUAAAUUUCCCCCAUUUAGAUGGGGAUUUACCCCAGACUACAUCUUAUGGGAUAAAUAUUUCUCAGUAAAUUCGGUUUGCAAGAGCGUGUAGUCAUGUUCAGGAUUUCAAAGAGCGUAACCUAUAUAUUACAAAUACACUUCUUCAACAGGGCUACCGUUAUUAUAAAUUACGUAAAUACUUUGCUAAAUUUUACUAUCGAAAUUCAGAUUUUGUUUUGAAAUACAAUAGCAAUUUAAAGACACUUCUGCGAGAAGGUACGUUUGUAUAUCAAAACCUGUUUUUUAUGGGAAUGUGGUUUACAAACUUCGUAAAAUUUUGGGACAUGGCAACUUUUCAAUUGUAUUUAGUAAAUUCAUUAAACGUUUUAUUAAAAGAGAUUAUGACUUAACUGUUUUGAGACAACCGCAUGUUUGGUGUUCAGCCCUUUUACAGUUGGACGCUACGCUUUCCUCUUUGAUUGUGUCUGACGGAUCAGGUGGAGGACUCUAUGAUAAGUACUUCUUAAAUGCCACCAGGACAGAGCUAUUUUGAUUUCCGUCUUCUGGCCUGUUUCGUCGGGCCCUUAAGGGUGUUUCUCUUGUUGCUCUGUCUUCUGCAAAGGCAUUAUGUACAUGCGUUUUAGGUUCUUAGGAUUGUAUGUAUAUAUACAAGAGCAUUUUUGUGUUUUACAUUACACGCCUUCUGUUGUUGCCUUUGCAUAUGUUAGGUUUUUACCUGGCGGGGAUAACUUUUAUUUACACUGUCCUGUGACUUUGGAACAUGGUAGGGGUAAGGGUGAGGUUAGGUGCACAAUAAAUCGGUUUAAGCUCCCCAGUGGUGGUUUUGCGACUGAUGGUUUUUCCAAGGCGGUGCACUACUGUGUUCCUUUGUUUGUUUUGUCCUUGUGUGUUUACUUUGUGUGUGUGAUAUGCGUGUGUUGAUCCUGUGCGCGUUUGGGGAGGCUGCGUUUUUAGAACGUGGCUGUCCCUGUUGGAUAUUCUUCCAUGUUUUUAUGGCCAUAAUUGGUUUUACAAAAGAGCAUGCGUGUUUCAGGUUUAGCGUCUUUUCCAACAAUUUUUUAGUCAUAUGGACCGACUAGGCAACACCAAUUUGCAGUAGGUACACGUCUGUAAGGAUACAUAUAUGUAGUACUUUUUGCAAGAAAAUGUACGUUAUCUUUCAUAAUAUCUGAAAUUAAUAGCAAAUGGUAUAUUGUUUUCGGACAUGUCUUGCAGCAUUAUGGAGAAAGCUGAUCCAUAUAAAAUGGAAUG